CAAAAAAAAGGAGCUCUCCAAAAAUUACACAAAAAAAACAGAGCCGGGAACAAAAAACCGGAAUUCGAAGCCAGAGCCGAAGAGAACGAACGAACGCGAGAGCGAGCACACUAAGAGAGCACACAAAAAGUGCACACAUAAAAAACAUAAACAAGCCUUUUUUCAUCAUGUGUGCGAGAGAGCACGAGAACGCCCGCCACCCCAUCUCGCUCACUCAUCGCGCUCUCCCUGCCUCCGCCUGUUUGAAAAAACUCGCUUCGGCUGUGAUUUUUUUUCAGUCGAAUUUUCACCGCGCUGCCGAACGAACGGUUCAUUCUUGCUCUUCUUAUUGCGAGUUCCGUUUCGUUCUGCUUCUGCUUUUUGUUGCUGCCCGCGACGUAAACAACCGAAGAGCUUGUGCGGAUUACCCCGCCAUUCCAGCGCCGCCCAGCCCCCUUCGCCCCACGUGCUAGUUGUAAUUGCAAUUAAUCCCAUUCGGUGGCCGAAAAAAAAAGCCUGGCAAAAAACGGGCCAAAAGCACAAGUGCAGAAAAAACAGAAACUUGCCAGAACUCUGGUCCUGGCUGUGUGUGCGUGCGUUGGUGUCGGUGUGUGUGUAUUUUUGGCGUGCGCGGCCAUUUUUUCUUGUUGCUACUCGAGAGUCUCUUCGAAAGAGAGGCCCGACCAAAAAAAAGAACGCAGAAACUACGCAAAUCCCCACUAGAUUCGCUAAUUUGCGGAAAAUAAAUCAAUCGCAGGGGCGCCGAAAACAAACAAACAAACGUACAAAAAUAGAGUGCCGCAAACCACAAACAACUUACCUGAGCGCGCGGGUGUGUGUGUUGUGUGUGCGAACCCCCCUCCGCUCGUUCACCCACAAUCCGGCAGCGAACACGUGCUCGUGCAUUAACGGCUAAAAUAUCAACAAAAGUUGGCCGAUAGAGGAGGGCAAUAACUGCAUCAGCGUCAGCCACUGGCCGACACACAAAGGGCUCCUUUAAAUUGCACAAACCAGCGACCAGUUGUGUAAGCCCGCAGUAGUGGAGUGUCGACUUGCCGACGACGACGACGACGGCGACGAGCACCGCUGUUCCAUUCCCAUUCCCUCCAUACCAUUCCGCUCGCACUCGUCACACCGCUCGAUCGGCUUAGACCCUUCGACGACCACGCCCCCAAACUGGACGCUCGCACCAUCGCCUACCGCCCGCUAACCCUUGGCGGCCACCAGCCGACGCUUAUGGCCGAACUGCCGACGGCGCCGAACGGCGUCCCAAGCGGCGAUUACCUGCACCGCUCCAUCGACCAGCUGAGAUCUUUGGGUCAUCUGACCACGGCCCAAUUGGUCCACGAGUACAAGCCCUUCAACAUUACUGAGUUCCGCCAGAAUGUUGCCGAACGGCUGGACUAUUCGCUGAAAAGCGGUCUGGUGCAGCAUCAGCAGCAGCAUUUAGUUAUGGAGCAGCAACAACAACAACAGCAGCAACAACCCGAUCCCCAACAGCAGCAGCAACAGCAACAUUUGCAUCACCAACAACAGCAGCAGCAGCAUCACCAGCAGCAAGUGAAGUCUAGUUACAGUCCACCUAACUCACCGCCCACGCCCCACGAGCAGCCGGAGCAAAAGUAUGAUCCGAGUAGAUCGCCGGCGCGUCAACAGAUGAGCAACGGCAGUGGAAGCGGCAGUAACGGCUCCUCGCCGGAGGAGGAGGGCCGACGGAGCGACGGUGACCAGACAAAGCCAUACAAGUGUGCCUCGUGCAGCAAGUCCUUUGCCAACUCUUCGUACCUGUCGCAGCACACGCGGAUUCAUCUAGGUAUCAAGCCGUACCGCUGUGAGAUCUGCCAGAGGAAGUUCACGCAGCUGUCGCACCUCCAGCAGCACAUCCGAACGCACACAGGGCACAAACCGUACAAAUGCCGGCAUGCCGGCUGCCCGAAGGCCUUCUCUCAGCUCUCGAACCUGCAGUCGCACUCCCGCUGCCAUCAGACGGACAAACCGUUCAAGUGCAACUCCUGCUACAAGUGCUUUGGCGACGAGAUGACCCUGUUGGAGCACAUACCCAAGCACAAGGACUCCAAGCACCUGAAGACGCACAUUUGCAGUUUGUGUGGCAAGUCCUAUACGCAGGAGACCUAUCUGCAAAAGCAUUUGCAGAAGCACGCCGAAAAGGCGGAGAAGCAGCAGCAUCGGCCCACAACCCAGGUGACAGCCGCCCACCAGCAACAUGUUCCGACCGGCGGCAUUGGUUUGAAUCUGCAACGCCAGGCAAUGAAUGACGUUAACGCUGCUUACUGGGCCAAGAUGGGGGCGGACAGUGCGGCGGCCUCGCUGGCGGAGGCCAUACAGCAACAGUUGCCGCAGGCCACCGGUCAGCCUUACGGGAACUUUGCCUCCCUGCAGCAACAGCAUCAGCAGCAGCAACAGGAACUGCUGCAGCAGCAUCAUCAGAGAUUGGCGGACACGCCCGGUCACUCGCACAGUCCGCAUGAGGAGGCCGCAGGCGAGGAUCUUGUCCUGCGACAGUCCACGCCACAGCAUCACCUUCAGCAGCAACAGCAGCAGCAGCAGCAACAACAACAUCCGGCGCAACACCAGCCGUCGCCUGGGCCCGGAUCGUCGGCUUUUACUCCACUGGCAGCCACAGUGGCACCACCACCGCCGCCUCCUCAUCUCCAGCAACAUCGCGGGCCGCCGGCGGCCACUGCCGCAUAUCUUUAUCAGCAAAAUGCGGCUGCGGCAGCUGCCGCCUUUCCCACUCAGCUCAUUUCGCUGCAUCAGAUCCGGAACUAUGCCCACCAGCCAGGAGCGGCGGGCCUCAUCGCAGGCGAUCACCUCACCCUGGGCCUGAGUGCCGUGAAUGCGGCCAAGGAGAAGGCGCAAUAGUACAGGCCGGUUCGUGGCCAAAAGAGGCAGCAACGAUGACACUAGUUUAAGGCUUCCGUUUAAACUGGUUUGGACUCGAGGUUACACUAAAUUAAUCCUCGAACCCAAACCAAUUGAAACGAUAGAACUAACAGUAAGUUAGAAGUUAGUUAGGCGCAAAUUGGCAGUGGAGCAUAGCAUUGCAGCUGGUUUUCCUAAGCCCAAACUUUUCACAUAUCCAAAAACACCUUAAUGUUGUAUACGAUUCAGCCAGAAGCAAAGAACAACUCUUAUCACUGCCCAAGACCGAAGAGGAAACCAACUGCAAUGCUUUAGCUUCAUGCCUCUGCGAUUUCAAGAAUAUUUCAUCUAGGUCAACUCAGGAUUUUCUAUACGAUAUUUAUAUUUCCCAAUUCCCUUUUAGAUUUAUCACUAAGCAAUAUGUAAAGUAAAACUCUGAACUGUUCGAAUGAGCUUAAUUUGAAUAGAUCACAGUUUUAGUAUAAGCAGACGUACCAAGUACAUAAUAUAUAUAUCCUAGAUUGUACAUAGAUGUAUGUAAAUGUGUGCUGUAUUGUAAACCUACUUUAGAUACUUUCUAAUUUAUCAACCAAUUAGUAUCUUAAGGAUAUUUUCUACCUGUUAGGCAAGCUGAAAGUGAGAAAUCGAUUUGAAAGUGUAAAAUUCAAACCCUAAUAAAUUUGGAAAUUAUUU